AUGCUUAAGUGGCUGGCAGCAGGCCCUGUGGUAUGUGAAGGCUUAAAGAAGGGAUUACUAUAUGGGAAUCUACUCAGUGAUGCUGCGGGAGGAGGGAGUAUGGAGGUCUUGGAAUACGUCUGCAAUCUCAGCCUCACUGAUAACAGUGGAGAGGCUCUUGUAGAUCUCGCGAAGCGUCCGGGACCUUCCAGCCCUCUGGCAUCAGUGGUACGCUGUCGUUUGUAG